AUGGUCAAGGAGACCAAGCUCUACGACCAGUUGAACAUUAGCCCUAGAAAGCAGCCCUACAAAUGGCACCCCGACAAGAACAAGGACAACCCGGACGCCGCCGAAAAGUUCAAGGAAUGCUCCCAAGCCUACGAGAUCCUAUCCGAUCCGGACAAGCGAAAGAUCUAUGAUCAAUUUGGGCUCGAAUACAUCUUGCGCGGUGGCGUCCCGCCACCAGAGAGCGCCGGGGCUGGCCCAAAUCCCUUUGCAAGCGCCGGGGCUGGUGCUGGCGGCAUGCCCGAUGGGUUCUCCUCCUUCUUCUCUGGUACGGGUCCCGGGGCGGGUGGUGGCACGCGAUACUCGGCCAGCUACAGCUUCACCGACCCCGAGAACCUUUUCCGCACCACCUUCCGCGACAGCGGCCUGGGGAGCGACAUAUUUGACGAGAUCUUCUCCCGGGCCACGACACCGUCCUCGAAGUACCCAUCAAGCCCGGUCUCAAGAAGGGGAGCAAGAUCCGCUUCAAGGGCGUCGGGGACCAGGAAGAAGGCUUGCCAGCAAGAUCUGGUCUUCAUCGUCGAAGAGAAACCCCACGCGCUCUUCACCCGCGACGGCGACGACAUCGUGCACACGGUCGACCUCGACCUAAAGGAAGCCUUAACGGGCUGGAGGCGCACCGUGACCACCAUCGACGGCAGGAACCUGGAAAUCGACAAGGCCGGCCCCACGCAGCCCGGGUCCUCCGACUCCUACCCGGCCCUCGGCAUGCCCAUCUCCAAGAAGCCCGGCCAGCGCGGCAACUUCGUCGUCAAGUAUCACGUUCGGUUCCCCAUGACGCUGAGCCCGACCCAGAGAGCAGGCGUUGAGGGAGAUUUUGUAAUAGUCUCUCUCUCAUCUCUGAGUUGA